AUGAUUCAAAAAAAUGUUAGAUGGAUAAAGGAAAAGAAAAAAGAGAUUAAUAAAAAGCAUGGGAGACUUUCGUCUGGAAACUCUGAAAUAAGAGGAAUUAGUCGUUUAAAAAAAAAAAUUAGAGAUCUUGAACGUCUUGUUAGAAGGGGAUCAAUUCCUGCAGAUGCACAAUUGGAUAAGGAAAGGCAACUUCAGAGUUUAUAUUUUGAUUUUAAAACGAUUCGAGAAUCGAAAAAAAAGCAUGUUUUGGAAGAAAAAUAUAAGAUGGUAAGAUUUUUUGAGAAAAAGAAGGCGAUUCGUUAUUUAAAGCAAGCGCGAAAACAGCUUAUGGAGGCUAAUGAUGAGGAUGAGAAAAAAAGACUAGAGAAUAUUAUUCAUCAGCGUCAAGUAGAUUUAAAUUAUAUAAUUGAAUUUCCGUCUUUAAAAAAAUAUAUUUCUUUGUAUAAAUCUCCAUCAGAAAAUUCGUCUACAGAACAAGAAAGGAUAAUGAUUUGGAAAGAUAUAGAAAAAAAAAUGGAAUUAAGAAAAAAUAUAGAGUAAUGAGGAUUUUUUGAAGUUUUGAUUUAUAAAGUUCAAAUAUAUGUUUUUUAAAAGCAAAUU